AUGCCGCCGCGGAUCCUGAUAUUUCUAGCGUUGCUUUGCGUGUCCCUGAGUAGCGUCUCGCAACCGAGUCACGCCAGGAAGCUCUUCCGCUGCCCCUCAACAUGCAGCUGCUCCAAAGAGUCCAUCAUAUGCGUCGGUUCUUCCUACGUCCCCAGGAUCAACCCCGGCGACAUCAUUUCUUUGAGCAUCGUCAAUGGCACUUUCUCAGAGGUCAAAGAGGCCAUGUUUUCUCAUAUGCCAUCACUGCAGUUGCUACUUCUUAAUUCCAAUUCCAUUACGACGAUAAGAGAUGACGCAUUCUCCGGUCUGCCACAUCUGGAAUACCUGUUUAUUGAGAACAACAGGAUCGAGACCGUGUACAAAUACGCCUUCAGGGGACUACGGGACCUGACCCACUUAUCGCUGGCGAACAACAAGAUCAAAUCCCUGCCUCGGGACCUCUUCGCCGAGCUGGACUCGCUAAUAGAGCUGGACCUGCGAGAGAAUGCAUUCCAAUGCGACUGCCGGGCAAAGUGGCUGAUGACGUGGUUGAGAAGUACCAACGCCACAGUGUCCGACGUGCCCUGCGCCGGACCGGAGGACGCGAAAGAGCAGCGCCUCAACGAUAUGAGCCUGCAAAACGAGUGUAUCUCAACGGAUUUCAUCCUACAUCAGACUGUGAUGUCAGAGUCCCUGACGGUCGACACCUUCGGCUACAAGAACGACGUCUUUGUGGCGGUCGCCUCUCCCGGCGCGGAGAGCUGCAUGGUCCUCCAGUGGGACCACAUCGAAAUGAAUUUCAGGACUUACGACAACAUCACAGGUCAGUCUAUCGUGGGGUGCAACUCGAUGGUCAUCGAGGACCAGGUGUUCAUCAUCGUGGCUCAGCUCUUCGGCGGCUCGCACAUCUACAAGUUUGAUGAGGACCAGAGCACCUUCACCAAAUUCCAGGACAUCGAGGUGUCCAAAAUCUCCAAGCCCAACGACAUCGAGGUGUUCCGGAUCGGCGCCGAACGAUUCUUCGUCAUCGCCGACAGCUCCAAAGCAGGUCUGUCCACUCUCUACAAGUGGAACGAGAACGGCUUUUAUUCCUACCAGUCCCUUCACGAGUGGUACCGCGACACGGACGCCGAGUUCUUGGACUUGGAUGGAAAAGCACACCUGAUCCUGGCUAGCCGUUCCCAGGUUCCGGUUAUCUACCAGUGGAGCCGGAGCAACCAGAAGUUUGCGCUCUUUGGCGAAAUCCCCAACACGGAGGACGCGGUGGCCGUCAAGCACUUCCGCAUCAAGGAUGAGCUCUACCUCGCCCUGACGCGUUACAUCGGAGACUCCAAAGUUCUGCACUGGGGCGCCAAACAGUUCUCGGAGAUCCAGGCGCUACCGUCAAGAGGCGCUAUGAUCCUCCAGCCGUUCUCCUUCAAGGACCGCCACUAUCUGGCCCUGGGGAGCGACUACACCUUCUCGCAGAUCUUCCUCUGGGACGCAGAACAAGGCGUCUUCGAGCGCUUCAAGGAGGUCUACAUCCAGGCGCCGCGAUCCUUCACCGCCGUGUCCACCGACCGCCAGGACUUUGUCUUCACGUCCAGCUUCAAGGGGAACACGCACAUCUGGGAGCACGUCAUCGUCGAUUUGAGCUCGUGA